CAAAACACUCUUUAUGAUUGGAACAUUCUCCCCGUGACGUCGUAAUUUCAGAGCAGCGCCUAUGAGCAGGAAAGCUAACUACCGCGCAGGGUCCAACUCUCAUAGGAGAGGAGGAGGUGGUGGAGGUGGUGGAGGUGGACCAGGAGGGCGCAGGGAGUGGCGACAGGAGCAGUAUGAAGAGGAGCCGAGCCGGACAGCGGAGGAGACCGUGCCCAGGGGCACCUGCAUGACCAUGUGCCCCCUGUGGGAGGUUCGGGAGAGGGAGCAGCAGCGGCGGCUGCACCGCUUCGAGGUGCUCCCCGGCACGGAGAGCGACCGGAUGCCCCGGGCCGACCCGUCGCGCGCGGUGAAGGAGUACUCGCGGCCGGCGGCGGGAAAGGACUCCACGCGGCCCGGCGACCUCCGACCCCCCGCCGUCCUGCUGAAGACCGUGCGCUUCCUCAUCGACGACAUCGCCGCCGCCUCCCCCGCGCUGGAGCCCUGGACAGAGGCGUACGACUUCGUGUUCGACCGGCUGCGCUGCGUGCGGCAGGACAUGGUGAUCCAGCGCGUGUCGGGGGCGGAGGCGGUGGCCGUGCUGGAGCGGAUCGUCCGCUUCCUCCUCUACGCCUCCUAUCGGCUGUGCGAGGAGCCGCUCAGGCUGUACGACCCGCGCAUCAACGACACGCACCUGCAGGAGAGCCUGAGCUGGCUGCUGGACUGCUACGCCAGCGGGGAGCACCCGCGCCAGGACGAGUUCCAGGCCCUCAGCCUGCUCUACAACCUGGGUUCGACCCGCGCUCUGCGGCGCGCCCUGGAGUUGCCGGAGCGGGUGCGGGCCUCGCCGGCGGUCCGCCUGGCGCUGGCGGUGAACCGCGCCCACCUGGAGCGCAACCCGGUGCGCGCGCUGCGCCUGGCGCGGCGGCUGGACUUCCUGCAGAGCUGCGCGCUGCACCGCCACCUCGCCGCCUGCCGCCGCGACCUGCUCCUGCUCUACAGCCACGGCCUGAGCAGCCGCGACUGCCGCUACCCCCUGCAGCGCCUGGCCCGCCUGCUGGCCCUGGACUCCGCCCCCGCCGCCGCCGCCGACCUCUGCCACGCCCACGGCGUGCGCGUGGACGGGGACCGCGUCGUCUUCUCCAAGGCGUCGUACGCCGAGCCGCCUCCGGGGGGCGUCGGCGCCGCCCGCUCCGCGGAACUGGUGGACGGGAAGCGGGGCGACGCCAGCCUGAGUGAGGUCAUACACGGCUGUGCCUGAUCCGCUCCGGACUCCGCCUCUCCGGGCUUUCUGGAAACCCUGCCUGACUGCCUGCCAGCCUGUCUGCCUGCCUGCCAUGCACUGUUCUCAGGGAUGUGCGUUUUUAACUGAUUAUUCAGGACGUGCUCAUUUUCGCAUCCCGAAUGUCGCAGCCAGGGGCAGCUGUCGCAACCGUUUGGGCAUUUUGUAACCACGCAAUCAGUCAUCGAGAGCUUUUACACUCUUUGACAGCCAAUAGCUGGAGUGAAUGUUUAGCAGUAUCGCCAAAUGCUAUUGGCUCCAGAGGAAUUUAGGGUCUGAAAAAUCAGUGUUUCCGUGUGAAUUGGGAGAAAAAACAGACCACGUCCCUUGUUUGUUGAAGUUGAAUAAAGUGAAAUGAGGUUCUGUUC